GAGAGAUGGACCUGUUAUUGCUGCCCAUUGCGACUGUAUGGCAGGACUUGGAGAGACAUGUUCACACAUUGGUGCUCUCUUAUUCAAGAUGGAAGCAGCUGUUCGUCUUGGAUAUACUAGGUCUGCCUGUACAGAUGUCUCCUGUGUCUGGAACCAGUGUUUUACUAAGAAUGUUCAGCCGGCACCCAUUGCAGAUAUCAAGUUUUACAAUCAAUCGGCAAAAGAUACACUAGUGAAAAAGAACAGAAACAAGAAAGCCCUAGCACCAGCAACAGAUGUAGAGCAACAGGACUUUUUAAGAUCUUUGAACACUCUGGAUGAGAAUUUAGUGGGUCUUAGUGCAUUUAAGGAGUAUGGUGAGAAUUUCGUUGGACUUGGACCGCCACCUGAGGAGAAUAAAAUCCCAUCACCUCUUAGAAAUAUCUACAACGAAAAGAACAAUGCAUUGUCUAAUGAAGAUCUCUUGGAAUUAUCCCAAACAACAUUUGAUAACAUGAAAAUUUCUGAUGAACAAGUGAACUAUGUUGAAGACAUCACCCAGAGCCAAUCAAGUUCAUUAACCUGGCAUCAUCAGCGAUCUGGUCGCAUAACAGCUUCAGUGGCAGGGGAGGUAAUGCACACUUCUGUUUCUCAACCAUCACUUUCCCUUUUGAAAAAGAUAUGCAUACCAAGUACAUCUUCACCUGAUGUGCCUGCCCUGAAUUGGGGGAAACUUCAUGAAGAGGAUGCAUUUAAGCUGUAUAAGGUCAUGAACAAAGUAGAGAAAACUGAGCUAAACAUUUGUCCAAAAGGAGAAAUAAUCCUGAAAAAUACUCAAGAUCAUUUGUCACUGAACGUGAAGAAGGCCGGAUUUGUGAUAUCUGUGAAGAAACCUUUUCUUGGAGCUUCACCAGAUGGCCAUACAUUUUGUGAGUGUUGUGGGAAAGGCCUUCUGGAAAUCAAGUGCCCAUACAAAAUAAGAGACACGAAAGUAAAAGAGGCUUUGAAGGACAAUACUUUCUGUAUAGACGACACCUUCAGUUUGAAGAAAACCCACAAGUACUUUGCGCAAGUACAACUUCAGAUGUUCGUUUGUGAUGGUGACUACACCGACUUUGUGGUUUGGAGUCCGAUUGAUCGUGUCAUCACCCGUGUUCAAAGGGACAAUAACUUCAUCAAUGCUAUGAUUGAAAAACUUCAGAACUUUUGGAAACUUGUGGUUUUACCGGAGUUAUUAACAAGAAAAGUGGAAAACAGCAGUGGAAUCCUAUCUCCAUCCAACAGAAUCACCAUCAAUAACAAUGACAAAACAUUCUGUGUUUGCAAAACCAAAAAUGACAAUGUGGACAUGGUGGGAUGUGAUAGAUGCAAUGACUGGUUCCAUCCAUCCUGUUUGAAAUUAAAGAGACUCCCGAAAGCAAAAACUUGGUAUUGUCCAAAAUGUCGUCGGCAAAAGAAGAAGAAAUAAAUGUGAUAUAUUAUGUCAUGUAAAAUUAUUGGUUAGUGCUGUGUAUCGCAAGGGUUUUGAGGAUACGAUAUGUAUCUUGAUAGUUAUUUGUAAUUAUUGAAGUUGAUCAAUAUGAAACAUAUUUAUAUUGUCAAAGCUUGACUAUAACAAGUCAAUGUGAAAUAGUAAUUAUUUAAUUUACUUAAUAUAUACGAUAUUUUAUAAUUAGCAAGAA